AUGCUGAUUCACCUCCUGGCAAUCUUUGCCACGCUGUGGCAGUUGGUAAUCGCCGACUCGAACAACUGCUCAAACAGUGUCACCAUCUCCAGUCAAAGCGAUGCCAACAACCUGGCCAACUGCGACACUGUCGAUGGUAGCGUCACCAUCGCGUCAUCUGCUGGUGGGACGCUCACGUUCAACAAUGUUGAGGAGAUCAAGGGAUCUUUCACCGUAGAAGGUGUUUCAGGACUAACCGGUCUGAUCAUGCCUGAUCUUGACACAAUCAAGGGUGCGUUGACGUUGGACAAUCUGGGAUCCUUGACCAAUUUGACAAUGAGCGCCUUAUCCGACGUUGCCUCUGGAAUUACUAUCACGGGCAACUCCAAAUUAAAGACUCUCAGCUUGGCGAACCUGGAAAAGGUUGAGGGUCAAUUGAAACUGACCGGGUCGUUCACCAGCGUCUCACUACCGUCACUUGAAGAAGUUCAGGGCGAAACAACCACUCAAGGCUCAAAGUCGAUGUCCUGCAGUGCCCUGAACACUCUCCAGUCUCAAGGUGUAUAUCGUGGGAGCUACUCAUGUGUAGCCUCAGGCUCAAACAGUUCCUCGCUUAGCCCUGCUGCUAAAGCUGGCAUUGCCGUCGGCGUCAUCGUGGGAGUACUGCUGAUACUCUUUUUCCUAUGGUACUUCCUACGGGGGCGCCGGAAUCGGAAAAAUCGUAACAUUCCACCGAUGGCUUGGCUCUCGCCUUCAACGGUAGAUUCAGAUGAGAAGCAACCCAGUUCCCAUGAUAAUUUGACGCCGUUGCCGAGUUUGAAGCCUCCUGUCCCAAGGAAGCCCGUUGGCCCUCCGGCCGCGCAGCUGGAUGGCCGGUCAAUCUACGAAGUGCCGACAACCUCGACUCCCGUUCGUGAAUACCACGAAUUAGAUGCGGGUCCGGUUCUCAGUUCACAUCAAAGACCAAUUCACUCGGAGGCGUGA